AAGUAUUGUGUGUCUUUCUCAUCUCGCGAUACGUUCUACCUACCUUCAACUUGGCUACGCAUAAGCAAGCAAAAGUCUGCCACUUAAGUCACCCUACUCUUGAGACAUGGGUGAAGUGCUCACACAGGGGGCAAUUGAAGCCCUGUUAAAAGGAUUUCCGAUGAGCAACCCUGUGCUGCAGCUUCUGAACCUCCGUCAGGUCAGUAACAGCUCUAGUCCACCCAGGUUCCGGCUCUUAAUGAGUGAUGGUCGGCACUCUUAUGCUUCCUUCCUGCUGGCCACACAGUUAAACAAUCUACAUGAAGAGAACCUCCUGGUACCUAACUGUGUGUGUAUGGUGAAGAAGACAAUCAUCAACACAUUGUCAGAUGGCAGGCAUGUGGUGGUUGUGAUGGACAUGGAGAUAUUGCAGUCGGCCGAGGAAACUGGAGGGAAGAUUGGAAAUCCCACGCCUUAUAAUGCAGUUGACCAGAUGUCAUCUCCACAGAAUUUGGCCUCAAGUACCUCCGUCCCGGCUGCUGCAGUACCUGGACCCUCCUAUAAGAACAGCAGCACCCUUUCUCCUCCCAGAGGUUUUACGGGAAAGUCACCCAUGAAGGCUUCACCAAUAGCUUCACCCAUGAAGGCUUCACCAGUAGCUUCACCCAUUAAGGCUUCACCCAUGGAGGUUUCCCCAAAGAUGUUUUCACCUAUGAAGGGUUCACCAAUGGCUUCACCCAUGAAGUUUUCCCCAAAGACGCUUUCACCCAUGAAGGCUUCACCAAUGGCUUCACCCAUGAAGGCUUCACCCAUGAAGUUUUCCCCAAAGACGUUUUCACCCAUGAAGGCUACCAGCACUUCUCCUGGUUCUUCAACAACAGUGAUUCCUAUAGCAAGCCUCAACCCCUACCAAAGCAAAUGGACUGUCAGAGCCCGAGUCACCAACAAGUCCAGUAUCCGCACCUGGAGUAACUCUAGAGGAGAGGGCAAGCUUUUCUCCUUCGAGAUAGUAGAUGAGAGUGGAGAAAUCAGGAUUACAGCCUUCAACGACGAAGUGGACAAGUUUUUCUCUCUAGUGGAGCAAGGCAAGGUGUACUACAUAACCAAGGCUACGCUGAAAGUGGCCAAGAAACAGUUCAGCACACUGAAGAACGACUAUGAGAUGACCCUCCACGCUAAUUCAUCCAUCACACCAUGUGAUGACAAUCAGGGCAUCCCUGCAGUGCACUAUGACUUUGUGCCCAUCGCAGAGCUGGAGAACCGAGACAAGGACGCCAUUAUUGAUGUGAUUGGAGUGUGUACGAGUGCUGAGGAUGUAUCCCGUAUCACCACUAAGAACAGCAGAGAAGUUUCCAAGAGGGCCCUCAACCUAAUAGACACAACUAGCAAAGUAGUGACAGUCACACUUUGGGGAGAGGAGGCUGAGAAGUUUGAUGGUUCUCUGGAGCCUGUGGUCGCCAUCAAAGGAGCUCGCUUAUCUGAUUUUGGGGGCAUAUCUCUCUCCGCUUUGUUCGGUUCAACAGUCAUGGUCAACCCAGACAUACCGGAGGCCUUUAGUCUGCGGGCCUGGUAUGACUACGGAGGAUAUGCACUCGACAGCCAAUCCCUGACAGAGACGAGGUCAGUGGGGAGCGGAGCAAAGACGAACUGGAAAACACUGAGCGACAUUAAGAAUGAACAGUUGGGUCAAGCAGAGAAGACGGACUAUUUCAGCUGCGUGGCAACAGUGCUAUACACUCGUAAGGAGAAUUGUCUAUACCAGGCCUGUCCAUCUGCAGACUGCAACAAGAAGGUCAUUGACCAACAAAACGGACUGUACCGCUGCGAUAAGUGUAACCGAGAGUUCCCUAACUUUAAAUACAGACUCAUACUUUCUGCCAACUUAGCAGACUUCGGGGAUAACCAGUGGGUGACAUGCUUUCAGGAGACAGCUGAGGUCCUGUUUGGUCACAGUACAGAAACACUGGGACAGCUCAGAGACACAGACGAGGCUGCAUUCAAUGAAGUUUUUCAGAAAACCAACUUCACAACUCACAUCUUUACAAACAAAGUCAAGCUGGAGACUUACAACGAUGAGUGUCGAUUAAAGGUAACGGUAAUGGAAGUCCAGCCAGUCGACCACAGGGAGUACAGCAGGAGACUCCUUAGUAACAUCCGUAAAUUGGCCAGAUGAACUCUGUCCCAGUCAUCCAAACGCCUGCCUGGUGAUUAAACGUGUCUUCCACUGGUGCCCGACUUUUUCCAUCAGCGAGAUAGCAGCAUAUCCGACUGAGGCAGCAGAGGGGCGGCCAGUGAUUCGUCUAAUAAAUUGUCGCUGAACAAAAGGCUGAUAUUUAGUAGUUCACUUCCUUGAACAGGCCAUUUGUGAAACACUGGAAACGGAAUGGAAAUGACCUUUACCUUUUAGUUUAAUGACAUUUCAACAGAGCUUUUACUAUUUGAUUACCCAUAACCAGUUUGUUGAGACCUGCUUACAUUUAUAUUAUGUUUCAUGUAUCAUACAUGCUAAGAUCACAGCGUUUUAUCUUAUACGUUAUAUAUCGUAAUAUAUAUUCACACACAAAUGUUUAUCUCUUUGGUUUUAAAUCCGUUUCGGUGUGUAAAUUGAGGGGGGACGUCGUCCGAUUUUAUUUAACUUUCUUUGUUUUAUUUCAAAAAUGAAAGCAUGUCAAAAU